CCAUGAGGCAGCUCACCUUGUAUAUCUUAAUAGGAAAGUGAUUAAUUUUACCUUUACCUUUGGACAUCGGAUUGUCAAUAAUAAUUUUAUUAAUAAUCACUUAUCGAAAACAUGAAGUUAUUGAAAAUACAAAAGCGAUUUUUAAACAGCAGUUGCAAUGUUAAAAACGUAAUUAGUGAAGCAAGUGAGUUUUGCGAACCUUACGAAAAUAUUCCUGGCCCGAAACCUUUGCCUUUGCUAGGGAAUAGUUGGAGAUUUUUACCUUUAAUUGGUAAUUUCCAAAUUCAACACAUCGACAAAGUCUCGAUAAAUCUAUACAAAAAAUAUGGAAAAAUCGUGAAAAUGCAAGGCCUUCUAGGCAGACCUGACAUGAUUUUCCUAUUUGAUCCUGAUGAAAUUGAAAAGGUUUUCCGGAAAGAAGACUCAAUGCCUCUGAGACCUUCAAUGCCCAGCCUUAACUAUUACAAACAUGUAUUGAGAAAAGAAUUUUUUGGCGAACAAGGAGGCAUUAUUGCAGUUCACGGUAUUAAUUGGCAAAAAUUCCGAUCAAAAGUGAACCAAAUAAUGCUCCAACCAAAAUCAGCCAGACUUUAUUCAAAAGUAAUUUCGCAAACUGCUGAAGAAUUUGUACAAAGAAUCAAGCAGCUUAGGAAUCAAGAUUUAGAAAUGCCUGAUGGGUUUUUGAAUGAAAUUCAUCGCUGGUCUUUGGAGUCUCUUGCUAGAAUUGCUUUGGACAUUAGAAUGGGGUGUUUGGAUGCAAAUCCUCCUCAAGACACACAAAAGUUGAUUGACUCUAUUAAUACUUUUUUUAUUAAUGUGCCUAUUUUGGAGCUUAAAAUACCUUUUUGGAGAUUGUUUAAUACACCAACUUUUGUUGAGUAUAUUAAUGCUUUGGAUUGUAUUAAAGAAAUUUGUCUUAAAUAUAUUAAACAAUCUAUGGACAAUUUGGAUUGGCAAGUUGAAGAAAAUCAACUGUCGGUUAUGCAAAAAGUGUUGAAAAGGCACAAAAAUGUUAAGUUGGCCAGUAUUUUGGCUUUGGAUUUGUUUCUGGUUGGUGUCGAUACGACCUCAAACGCAAUCGCUUCAAUUCUCUACCAACUCGCAAUAAAUCCCGAAAAACAACAAAUCCUGCACCAAGAAAUAGACAAACUAUUACCAAACCCUAACAGCGAAUUAACCUUGGAAAACCUAGACCAAAUGAGCUAUUUAAAGGCUUGCAUCAAAGAAACAAUGAGGCUCUAUCCUGUUGUAAUUGGUAAUGGAAGAGAAACUUCAAUUGAUUCCAUUAUUGGUGGCUACCAUGUACCAAAAGGAGUUCAAAUAAUCUUCCAACACUACGUAAUAAGCAACCAAGAUGUUUACUUCAAAAAAAGCAACCAAUUUAUACCAGAAAGAUGGUUAUUAAACCAGAAAAACCAUCAUCCGUUUGCCUCAUUACCAUUUGGCUUCGGUAAAAGAAUGUGCCUGGGCAAAAGGUUUGCGGAAUUGGAAAUUCAAACCUUAUUAGCCAAAAUUAUAAGGAACUACAAAAUCGAAUAUCAUAGGGACAAGUUAGAUUAUUUUAUACAUCCUAUGUAUACGCCUAAUGGACCUUUGAAUUUGAAAUUUGUUAAUAAAAUGUGAUGAAUGAUAA